AUGGAUAAUUCAAAGGAAAACUUGAUUCUCCAAUAAUAGUCAUCCAUUCCUUCCUUCUUAACCAAAACCUAUGAUAUCUUAGAGGUACAAUGUUGCUCUAAUAUUUAGAAUUCCAAUUAUUCUGAUAUCAUUUAAUGGAACUAAGAUGGCAAAGCAUUUAUUAUAAAAAAACCUUAUGAGUUUGCUAAGAAAGUAUUUCUACGUUAAAUUUAAUACUUUAGAUACUACCCAAGUAUUUCAAGCACAAUAAUUAUACUUCAUUUAUUAGAUAAUUGAACAUAUAUGAUUUUCAUAAGAUUAAAAAUGAACUAGGUAAACAUGAGUUUAAACAUAAUUUUUUUUAAAAAGAAAAGAAGUAUUUUUAUUUUGCAUAUAUAAAACAGACAUUUAUUGUGUGAAAUAAAAAGAAAAUCUAUAGAAUAACAAGAACAGUUGGAGGAAAAUAACUAAAUUUAAAGUUAAUAUAAAAUUAAUUUAUAUUAGCCAAUAAUAAUUCAUAACUGAG